AUGUUUGUAGCUGCAAAAGGGGUUUUUGUCGUAUGUUUUUUCAUCUUUUUAUGUUUUCAUCUUCCUUAUACUAUCUUCCUGAUUAUAUCUUCUUACUUUUACACGGUUCUAACUUUUUUUCACUUUAAAAAUUCAAAAAAAUGACCAAAAAAGCUAAAAUUUGGACGAUUUUUGACAUUUUUCUGCCAUUUUUAAUGUUAUACUCAAUUUUUCAAACUUUUACAGGAAUGGGCAUGUUGGUUGGGUACUCAGAUUUGUUCGGAAGGUGGUAAAUGUCGUUUCACCCAGUGUCACGCAUUCGUUUUGAUAGGAUCGACCUUGUUCAUGAGCAUCUUCAUGUUCACCUUGUACAUGUCAUACUUGUUCAUCAAGUGCGCUAUGGAGGUGAGUUUAAAGAUUUUAUGAUAUUUUCUUUGUUUUUAGGUAGAAAUGGAUAUUGGUCUAAAAAGUAAUGUCGUUUUGGCAGUUUUUGGCUGUUUUUGGGUCCUGCAGUCUGCGGUGGACAUUUUAUACGAAGGAUUUUUUUUUGAUAGAUGCACUUUAAACAUGAUGUUAAUAAGAAGAUAGGAUAAUUUAAAGAAAAUGAAAUUAAUUUUUGAAUUUUUAUUGAAUUUAACAUUUUUAAAAAAUUUGAAGAUUUUAAUUUUCAGUGGAUCAAACACCCGCCCACCGACGAAGAGCUUGAUGAUAUUGCCAAAAAUGAAUCCGAGUUGAUGAACAAGCCCUGGAAUGCCUUUAGUCUAGUCCGGCAAAUGUUGUUUGAUCCAACGUUGGCUGAAAAACGAAUUGUGAGAAGAAUAAAGGCCAGACGACAAAAGAUAUUGGCAGAGGUUGAGGGUAACAACGACAAGGACUUUGAAAACUUUGAGGAUUUAGGUAAAUUUAUGGUUUUUGAGGGUUAAAAAUGCAUUUUUUGAUUGUCGUUUUUUGGUUUGGACGGUAUUUUUUCUAUCUUUGUUUAAUAUAUCGGGCGGGGUAAUUUUUGCAACUUAUUUUUUUUUUGGGGGGGAGGGUUGGGUAAGGUCAAAUUUUAAAUUUAGGGUUUCUUUUAAAUUUUUUGCUUUUUAGAAGUUAUUUUAAGCCCAAAAAAAACAAAAUUUCAACCAUAAAAACCGAUGAUUAAACCCCAAAAACCUCGAUGAAACGCCUAAAAAUGCCAUUUUCAGAUACAGAACAAGACAUUACAGACGAUGAAAAACUAAAAAUGGCUGAAGAGAACAUGGAAAAAGCCGGUCCAGUCCCGAAAACUGCUGAUUCCACUUUGCCAACAGCUAGAAAUGAAGAAAAAGAUGUUGUAGUACCCAAAGAAUCAAAGGCUGGAACAAAAGAUCAAGUUAUGGCCAAAGGCAAGAAGUGGACGGUGGAAGAAAUCGAAAAAGAACUGGAGAGAAUGGCCAAAACUCAUCAGAUCGACGAAGGCGGAGAAAAACCUCUUGUUUGUUAA